AGCUUCUCCGUCGACACAAAUACUCAAAAGUCCACUUCUGCUCUCGUAAAAGAAUCUUAGAUUGUGUGCUUUCGUUGAAGGAUUUAGAAAUCAAAGAGAAGGAAAUCAUGAGUUCUUCAGCAAGCAGAGCUUGGAUCGUGGCAGCCAGCAUUGGAGCUGUGGAGGCCUUGAAGGACCAAGGAAUCUGCAGAUGGAAUUACGCAUUAAGAUCAGUACAUCAACAUGUGAAGAACAACGUCAAGUCAAUCUCUGCGACCAAUAAGCUCUCUUCCCCAGCUUCUGCUGCGGUUUCUAACAAGCUAAAAGAAGCAAAGGCGAAGCAAUCAGAGGAGUCUCUGAGGACAGUCAUGUAUCUCAGCUGUUGGGGUCCCAAUAGUAAGCGCCCACAACUUUCUUCGAACACUCAGCUCUCUUUUGUAUCUUAUAUAGCAAAACCAUGUGCGCUAGAUGCAUGCAUCAUCAGUACGGGCAUUAAAGUCUUAUCCACUCGAAUCAGUGGCCACCCACCAAAAACCAAGAAUACCACUGGUGUUACGAAGAUGAGCUCAACAAGCAGAGCAUGGGUCAUAGCAGCUAGUGUUGGAGCUGUGGAGGCCUUGAAGGACCAAGGAAUCUGCAGAUGGAACUACACAUUAAGAUCAAUCCAUCAACAUGCCAGAGAACAAGUGAGGUUAAUUUCCCAGGCUAAGAGGCUCCCUUCUCAGUCUUCUGCAAUGGUUUCGAAUAAAUUGAAGGAAGAGAAAGCAAGGAAAUCAGAGGAGUCGCUUAGGAAAGUCAUGUACUUGAGUUGUUGGGGUCCUAACUGAAGUACUGUU